CCAAAGGUGCCACCACCUGUCCCCUGGGUGCCACCUGUCCCUUGGACGCCACCACCUGUCCCAUGGGUGCCACUGGUCCCAAAGGUGUCACUGGUCCCAAAGGUGUCACCAUCACUGGUCCCAGUCCCAAAGCUCUUCAAGGUGCCACCACCUGUCCCGUAGGUGCCACCACCUGUCCCAAAGGUGCCACCACCUGUUCCCUGGGUGCCACUUGUCCCAAAGGUGCCACCACCUGUCCCAUGGGUGGCACCACCUGUCCCGUAGGUGCCACCACCUGUCCCAAAGGUGCCACCACCUGUUCCCUGGGUGCCACUUGUCCCAAAGGUGCCACCACCUGUCCCAUGGGUGGCACCACCUGUCCCGAAGGUGCCACCACCUGUCCCAAAGGUGUCACCUGUCCCAUGGGCGCCACCUGUCCCAAAGGUGUCACCUGUCCCCUGGGCACCACCUGUCCCAUGGGUGCCACCUGUCCCAAAGGUGCCACUGGUCCCAAAAGCGCCACCAGCGGUGCCAAGGGUGUCACCAGUGCCGAAAGCGUCACUGGUCCCAAAGGUGCCACCAGUCCCAAAGGUGCCACCACCUGUCCCAAAGGUGCCACCAGUCCCAGUCCCGUAAAUGCCACCCCCGGUCCCGUAGGUGCCACCACCUGUCCCAAAGGUGUCACCAUCACUGGUCCCAGUCCCAAAGCUCUUCAAGGUGCCACCACCUGUCCCUUGAGCAGUCUGGGGCCGUCUGCUUGA